AGGAGGAGGAGAAGGAGGAGGAGGAGGAGGAAGAGGAGGAGGAGGGAAGAAGGAGAAGCCGCUGCUCCCCCAAAGGAGGCAGGCACGGUGGGGGCUUGGUGACCCCUAACGAGGAAAUGGGGAAGAGGCACAGUUCUGACAGCUGGGCCAGCACCACGAGGGUGGCGGGACUCAGUCCUUCCCGCGGUGGAGUCAGAGCCCAAACCCGGCGAAGGACAGUGCGGGAACCGGGGUCCUCGGGGGACCGUUCCGGGUCCUCCAGUGAGGGCCCCCGUGGAGUCAGGCCGCCCCGUCCCUAGUCUCGAGUCCACGCGCAGUGCCAGCAGCCUGCGGGGCUGGACCGGCUACUUCCAGGAAUGUCUCCUGGGAGCCCCGACAGGCAGGGACCGGCAGGGACCGGCAGGGACAGGCAGGGACAGGUGGGCAGACCCGGGCAGGCGGGGCCGCGCCCAGGGGGUCGCAGGCGCCGGGCGGGCGCGGCGGGGCCGGGUGGGUGGAGGUCGCGCCGUGCAGGUGCGACAGCUGGCCUCGGGACUCCGCCCGGCCCACGCGAGCCCGGUGCCAUCCGGACACGGCGGCGCGGACCCCUCCCGGGUCCCCCGGGUCUCCCGGGGCGCCCGCGCAGACAGGAAUUUCCAGUCCGGCGGGGAAGCGGCGGGAUCCCCCGAGAGGAGGCGCUCCCCGCACCGCGCUCGGGUUUCCUCGGUGGCCCGGAAGGGCUGGGGAGGGGCGGGUCCUGCGCGGGGUCCGAGGGAUGCAGCUCCCCGGGUCGGGCGCGCCCGCGCGCCCUGGGGUGCCCCGCGCCCCGCGCCCCGCGCGCACGUGCGCGCCCCAAACUACAACUCCCAGGCGGCUCGGGUCGCGCCCGCCGCGGGUCCCCCGGCCGCGGGAGGGGAUUGGUCGUCUCCAGGCGACCGGGCGCGGGGCUCGGGGCGCGGGCGGAGGCGGACCCGCCCCCCAUUGUGUGGCGGAGCGCAGCCAGCCGGAGCGAGGGCGGACUUCUGGGGUCCGGAGAGCGCGGGGAGUUGGUUGCAGCCCUGCCAGUGCCCCACCGGCCAUCGAGCCUGUCCAGAGAGAGACCCUGACCGCCCGCGGCGGGCCCCGGGGCGCUCUGCCCAGCUGCACCCCACCCAGAGGGCUCUGGGCCCCGGCUAUGGUGGGGUGCCGCAGCCUGGCCCUCCUCAGCCUGCUCGUCUGCCAGGGGGCCAACGGUCGAGGGACCCCGGAGGUGAAGCCGGUGGUGGGCCGCGCCGGAGACGGCGCCCUGCUGGGCUGCGAUCUGCCGCCCCCCACCAGCCGGCCCCCUCUGCACGUCAUCGAGUGGCGGCGCCUGGGCUUCCUGCUGCCCAUCUUCAUCCAGUUCGGCCUGUACGCCCCCCGGGUCGACCCCGAGUACCUGGGGCGGGUCCAGCUGCAGAGAGGGGCCUCUCUCUACAUUGAGGGGCUCCGGGCUGAGGACCAGGGCUGGUACGAGUGCCGGGUGCUGUUCCUGGACCGGCCAAGCCCGGACGAGGCGGCCAACGGCUCCUGGGUGCACCUCACCGUGAACUCACCCCCUCGGUUCUUGGAGACGCCCCCCAGGGUGCUGGAGGUGCGGGAGCUGGAGCCCCUGACGCUGCACUGCGUGGCCCGUGGCAGCCCCCAGCCUCAGGUCACCUGGAUGCUUGGAGGACAGGACCUGGGCCAGGGUCAGGGCCACGUGCAGGUGCAGAACGGGACGCUGCGGAUCCCGCAGGUGCGACGGGGCAGCGCCGGCGCCUACACGUGCCGGGCCUCCAGCCCCGAGGGCAGCGCCGCCCACACCACUCAGCUGCUGGUGUUAGGGCCCCCCCUCAUCGUGGUGCCCCCCGAGAACCGCACGGUUAAUGCCUCCCGAGAUGUGUCCCUGGCCUGCCGGGCCGAGGCUUACCCGGCCAACCUCACCUACAGCUGGUUCCACGAUGGCACCAACGUCUUCCACCCCAGCCGCCUGCAGGCCCGAGUGCGGAUCCUGGUGGACGGCAGCCUGUGGCUGCGAGCAGUGCAGCCCGAGGACGGCGGCCGCUACACCUGCGUGCCCAGCAACGGCCUCCCCCCGCCGCCCUCGGCCUCCGCCUUCCUCACCGUCCUCUACCCAGCGCAGGUGACCGCGAUGCCUCCGGAGACGCCCCUGCCCAUCGGGAUGCCCGGCGUGAUCCGCUGCCCGGCCAGGGCCAACCCACCACUGCUCUUUGUCAGCUGGACCAAGGACGGGCAGGUCCUGCGGCUGGACAAGUUCCCCGGCUGGUCGCAGGACCCUGAAGGCUCGCUCGUGGUCAUGGUGGGGAAUGAGGACGCUCUGGGGGAGUACUCCUGCACCCCCUACAACCGGCUGGGCACCGCUGGGCCCUCGGCCAUCACCCGCGUGCUCCUCAAGGCGCCCCCGGCUUUCACCGAGAGGCCCCUGGAGGAAUAUUUCCAGGAAGUGGGACGGGAGCUGCUCAUUCCCUGCUCAGCCCGCGGAGACCCGCCCCCUGCCGUCACCUGGGCCAAGGUGGGCAGGGGGAUGCAGGCCCACGUGGACGGCAACAACAGCCUCAUCCUGCGGCCGCUGACCAAGGAGGCGAAUGGCCUCUGGGAGUGCUCGGCCAGCAAUGCCGUGGCCCGGGUAACCGUGUCCACCACCAUCUAUGUGCUAGGCACCAGCCCCCAUGCUGUCACCAACGUGUCCGUGUCGCCUGUGCCCCGGGGUGCGAAUGUCUCCUGGGAGCCGGGGUUCGAUGGCGGCUCCCCGCAGAGGUUCAGUGUCUGGUACACCCAGCUAGCCAGACGUCCUGAGCGCGCACACCACGACUGGGUGUCCCUGGCGGUGCCCGUGGGGACGGCACACCUGCUCGUGGGGGGGCUGCAGCCACACGCUCCAUACCAGUUCAGUGUCCUGGCCCAGAACCAGCGGGGCAGCGGGCCCUUCAGCGAGAUCGUGCUGGCUGUGCCUGCAGGGCUUCCGGCCACACCCACGGCCCCCAGGCCGCCUCCCACAGCCGCGCUGCAGCCCCUGUCCCCACCCCGACGCCUGGUGGCCACCAGGACACCCCGGGGGGUCCUCCUGCACUGGGAGCCCCCAGAACAGGUUCCUGAGAGGCUGGACGGCUACAUCCUGGAGGGCCGGCCGGGCUCCCAGGGCUGGGAGGUGCUGGACCCCGCCGUGGUCGGCACAGACAGGCAGCUGCUGGUGCCAGGGCUCAUCAAGGAUGUUCUCUACGAGUUCCGCCUGAUGGCCUUGGCGGGAGGCCACGUCAGCGGCCCCAGCAACACGGCCAACGUGUCCACUUCUGGCCUGGAGGUGUACCCGUCACGCACGCAGCUGCCCGGCCUCCUGCCGCAGCCCGUGCUGGCCGGCGUGCUGGGCGGGGUCCUCUUCCUGACCGUCGCUGUCCUCGUGAGCACCCUCGCCGCCUGCCUUAUGAACCGGCGCCGCGCUGCGCGCCACCACCGCAAGCGCCUGCGCCAAGGUCCCCCGCUCAUCUUCUCUCCGCCCCGGAAGGCGGCCGCACACUCCGACCCCCACCCGGCCACUCCAGACAGCGUGACCAAGCUCAAGCUCCAGGCCUCGCCGGUGCCCAGCCUGCGCCAGAGCCUGCUCUGGGGGGAGUCCCCGGGGGCCCCCAGCCCCGCUCCGGACCCCCCUCCAAGCCGGGGACACUUGCCCUUGGAGCCCAUUUCCCGGGGGCCGGAUGGGCGCUUUGUGAUGGCCCCCGAGGCGGGGGCCCCCCAGGAAAGGCUGGGGUCCGGCCAGGGGCCGCCUCCUGCCAGGCCCUGUGACUGCAGCAGCAGCAGCCCCAGCGGGCAGCCGCGGCCACUCUGUAUCUCGGACAUCAGCCCGGUGGGGCCGCCCCCUCGGGACCCGCCUGCAGCGCUGCUCCAGUACCUCAGCCUGCCCUUCUUCCGCGAGAUGAACGUGGACAGAGACUGGCCCCCCUUGGGGGAGCCCGCCCCCAAGCGGACCCCGGAUUACAUGGACACCCGGCCCUGCCCCCGCUCGUCUCUGCCCCCUUCCUUGGACUCCCCUGUGGCAUUGCCAGGGGCCGCCCCUGAGCCCCCCUCGGGGGCGCUUGCUGAGUGGACGCUGCGGGAGCGGCUGCUUUCCAGCGUCCUCCCUGCCGCUCCCCGGGGCAGCCUGGCUAGCCAGAGCAGCGGCCGGGGCAGCGCCUCCUUCCUGCGCCCCCCCUCCACCGCCCCCUCUGCAGGGGGCAGCUACCUCAGUCCCCCUCCUGGAGACACGGGCAGCUGGGCCAGCGGCCCGGAGAGGUGGUCUCGGAGGGAGCAGGUGCUGACCGUGUGCAAGAGGAGGAACACGUCUGUGGACGAGAACUAUGAGUGGGACUCAGAGUUCCCUGGGGACCUAGAACUGCAGGAGCCCGUGUCCUGGGGCUCUGCUGUCCCCCGGCUGCCCCUUGAGGCAGAACCUGAGCAGGGUGAGAGCGCCCUGGCCUCCCCGCCCGGUCCCCGGGACCCAGCCCAGCGUCCUGGGCGCUCUCCCCCACUCCCGCGUGUGGCCCCCUUUGCAGGUGCAAAGACCCCGGAGCGGGGCUGCCUCCCGCACGCCGCGCGAGCCCCCGGGCCCGAGGCUCGCUGCGCUGCCCUCCGGGAGGAGUUCCUGGCCUUCCGCCGCCGCCGCGAUGCAGCCAGGACCCGCCUGCUGGCCUGCAGACAGCCGGCCCCGCACCCGGAACAGGCCACUCUGCUGUGAAGCCCCCCGGGGGGAGCCGCGCUGCCCGGUGUCCAGGCCCAGCCCCAAGGGAGGCGCGCGUGGGCUGAUGCUGGUGGUGGCGCGGGCGACGGGUUCUUACAGUAAAGUCUGGGAAAUUGUUCUCUGUCUCAGCCG